AAUUAAUGUCAGAGUAUGGAGCAGUACCAUUUGCACUCAUGAUAGUCAUCGUGAUUUACAUUGUCAUUGGAGAAUACUUCAAAUCUAUUCACGUAUGCAUGCAGUCGUGAUUGCUUAGUUCCAUUUAAUCCAUGAAACAAGUUUUGGCAUAAUCAUCGGGAUGCUUGUAGGUCUACUAUUAAAAUGGAUGGAUGAAAACGCAUAUGCAUAAUUUGUAUUAAAAUCUGAUUAUCUAGUUUUCGUUGAAUGCUACAAUCUUUUUCUAUUUGCUUUUACCACUAAUCAUUUUUUCUGGAGGGUACAACCUCAAAAAGAAAUAAUUCCUUAAGAAUUUCAAAUACAUUGUUUCUUUUGGGUUUCUGAGCACAUUAAUUAACUUUAUAAUCACAUUGACUCUGACUAUAGCAUUCAAUUCGUGGAGUAAGAAUUUGCGAAUUAUUAAUAUAGAAUUGGUCAGAUUAGGCACAAAUUUAGAUUCCCAUCUUCCUUUAAGUUAUGACGAGAUGAUCAAAUAUAGUGCAACUAUAUGUGCAACAGAUUCAGUGGCUGCUCUCAAUUUAAUUCCAUCUCAAUAAUAUCCGAAAUUAUUUAGUGUGGUUUUUGGAGAAGGCAUGGUUAAUGAUGCAGUUUCUAUCAUUAUUUUUUAAGCAGUAACCAUAUUGUAAUAAAGUGGCAAAUCAUUUGAAUGGUACACCCCUUUUGAAUUCAUUGGCCGAUUCUUAGAAAACUGUAUAAUUUCCUUAUUGAUUGGUCUUUUCGUCGGUUUGUUUUCCACUUGGUGUUUUAAGAAAUGCAGAUUUUUGACAAACUCUACCACUACAGAAACAGUUUUUGCAUUUUUAAUGGCCUACAUGGGUUAUUCGAUUUGUGAGAUGCUCAAUCUAAGUGGAGUGAUUAGUCUGCUGAUGAUAGGAAUCAUGAUGAGUCAUUAUUAAGGAUAUAAUAUUAGUUAGUUGGGUAGAGUUACUACAAGAGUUACUUUUGAAUCCUUAUCACUAGGGGCAGAAGCAUUUCUUUAUGUUUUUUUGGGAUUCGCAAUGUGGAAUCAAACUACUUAUUACAGCCCACUCACACAAGACCUUUAUUACGUAGAAGUCUCAUGGGUCUUCACUCUUCUAUAACUAGGCAUAGUAAUUCUUGCUCGAUAUUUAAGCAUUUAUAUUGUAUACUGGAUUUCUAUAAUGUAAAAUAUACUCUCUAUAUUUUAGUAUUCAAGGACCUAAAGUAUGGAAACUAACUAAAUAUGAAAUGAGUAUUUGCUGUUUUGCUGGAAUGGUUAGAGGAAGUGUUGCCUUUGCUUUGAUUGAAACUCUUGUUGCCUCACCUACCGAUGGUAUAUAAAUUAACUAGAUUAAUAUACUAUAAAGUUGUGUACUCUAUAUCGUUGUAAUCACCACUGUGAUUUUUGGCACAGCCAUGCCUUUUUUCAUUAAUAUUUAAAUUAAGAAACAGUUGGAUGAGGAAGAACGUAAAUCAAUUAGCGAAGUUCCCACUCCUGUUCUUUCUGACUCUCCAAAAAAGAAAGAGUUAAGUGAAGCCUAGAAAAUUAUCAAAUAUAUGGAUGAGCACUAUUUCAAACGUUGGUUCAUAUAUGAUUACGAAAAUCGUAAAGAAAAGAUCACUCAAGAAAAAAAAUAAAUUAAAACUGAAACCUUAUAAGAAAUUUAUGAGAAAUCUUUCAGCGAGGCAAGUGAGGAUGAGUCAGUUAAGUAAAGAAAUGAAGAUUUCAUAUCUUUACCAACUAUAGAAGAAAAACCUACAUCUCCAUUAAUUGUUAAAAUGCAAGAAUUGUCAUAACAAAUUUGAAUGUGUUUUUUUUAUUUUGUAACCAA